GUAUCCUAGGAGAAGUUUUGUUUACUUCCGGGUUGUCGCUGCAGAGAACACCAACGCCCUGAACACCGAGCAAAGCGGAUUAAAGUCCUGCAGAGAUGGCAGAGGAGGCAGAAGACGAAAUACCCGAGUCUGGUGCAGUUUUCACGUUUGGAAAGAGUAAGUUUGCUGACGACAUGCCCAGUGUGUUCUGGCUGAAGAACGACGUCCCUGAGAGGAUCGCCUGUGGAGAUGAGCACAGCGCCUUGGUCACAGGAAACGGGAAACUCUUCAUGUUCGGCAGCAACAACUGGGGCCAGCUGGGCCUGGGCUCCAAGCAGACGGUACAGAAGCCCACCUGUGUCAAAGCUCUGAAGGGUGAGAAGGUGCGGCUGGUGGCUUGCGGACGGAACCACACUUUGAUCAGCACCGAGCAGGGAGACGUGUUCGCCUGCGGCGGGAACGGCGAAGGCCAGCUGGGACUCGGCGACUGCGAGGAGCGGACCGCCUUCCAGAGGAUCGGCUUCUUCCAGGCGCACGGACCGAUCAAGAUGCUGGCUGCCGGGUCCAACACCUCCGCCGCCCUGACAGAGGGCGGGAAGCUGUUCAUGUGGGGCGAGAACUCUGAGGGUCAGAUUGGGCUGGGGAAGCGGAGCCAGGCGACCCGGCCGCUGGAGGUCAGCGUGGGCCGGCCGGUCAGCUGGGUGUCCUGCGGGUACUACCACUCCGCUCUGGUGACAGCGGACGGAGCGCUGUUCACCUUUGGGGAGCGGGACAGCGGGAAGCUGGGGCUGCGGCCGGAGCGGCAGACCAGACACCGGGUCCCGCAGCGGGUGGAGAGCAUCACGGAGCCGGUGCUGCAGGUGGCCUGUGGCGGCAGCCACACGGUGGCGCUAACAGAUGACGGCGGGGUCUACUCGUUUGGCCUGGGUCAGUUCGGCCAGCUGGGCCUUGGGACAUUUGUGUUCGAGUCGCAGCUGCCACGCCCCGUCCAGCGAUUCCAGGCGGGCCGGCCAACCCGGGUGACCUGUGGAGAGAGCCACACUGCCGUUCUCACAGACUCGGGCCUGCUGUACUCGUUUGGCGACGGCCGACACGGGAAGCUGGGCCUGGGCGACCAGAACUUCACCAACCGGUUCCACCCAGCCGUGGUUCCCCGCUUCCUGCCGCUCGCCGUCCAGGCCGCGGCGUGCGGAGGUUGCCACAUGGUGGUUCUGGCCCGACCCAGAGGACCCGGCUGCUCCGCCAUCACGCUGGAGGACGCCGCAUUCGAUUUCCUGGGGGAACCGACCGCCACACUGCAGCGCAGCCUCUCCGCCCGGGUCCGCCGCAGGGAACGGGAGCGAUCUCCAGAGCAGUUUGGACCCACGGCCCACUCGCUGCCCGCCAGAACCUCGGGCGUCCUGCAGAUGGCACUUCCUGCCUCGGGCCAACCGGACCAGAACCAACUGGACAAGAACCAUGGGCCGGUUCUGCUGGCUCUGUCCGAACCGGACCAGAACCAGCUGAGCCACAGGCCGGUUCUCAACGAAACCCAGCACUUCGGCACAGACGGCGUUCAUCAGGGGCAGACAGGGGGCGAUGUGGAGAGCCUGACAGACUGCGACAGCGUGAGAGGACUGGGAGAAACCACUGACUUCCUGAACCUGACUCAUGUGAUGAAGAUGGAUCCCAGCGACAAAACACUCAGCCUGUCUCCACUGUUGAAGAGGAAGGGUAAGCAUGCUCAGCCAAUCAGAGAGCAGAGAAAGGACAGGAAGUUCUUGGUUAGCCGGGCGUUACAGGACCAGAGGAGGACCAGUCAGAACCAACAGAACCUCUUGUCAUUAGAUCAGGGUGGGUCGGCUCAUAAGAACAAAGCAGUGAGACAGGCCGGGUCCAAAACCCAGCUGACUGGGACAAAACCAGCUGCAGACUGGAACAAGCAUCCAGAAACCAGAAGGAAUGGUUCUAAGUCCAGUCCAGCUAGACUAGAGUCUAAAGCUGGUUGGCUGGCCAUAGAGAGCUGUCAGCCAAUCAGUGACGAGGGAAACGUUUCCCGCUCCAAACAAAACCCAGAUUCAUCCAAAAGAUCCAAAAACGAGCGAAACAGGAAGGAAGCUGCAACCCAGAGGAAGUGCUCAGGUGGGGGUGCGCUGGCCGGCGCUGCCACCCUGGCAGCAGGGGGCGCUGUUCUAGUCCAGCAGCUGGCCUCCAAGAGGCAGGGCAAUGAUCCAAAACCAGGAAGUGACCUGGAAAAGCCUGAAUCUCGGUCUGCUGGGGUCAGCCGCAAGUCGGCCGUCAGCAUCAACGUCAUUCCUGCAUCAGAAAGUCCACAGCAGGAGGAAGACGAGGAGAAGGAGGAAGACGAGGAGGAAAGGUGGAGAACCAGCUCAGAGGAGGAAGAGGAGACUGGAUCUGCUGCAACCGGACAGGAGGAGGAGGAAGUAGAGGAGGAGGACACAGACAAUGAGACUCUUCAACCAGGAGAUCAGACUGAGGAAGAUGAGAGUGCUGCUGAGGAAGAGGAGGAGGAAGAAGAGGAGGAAACCAGUGGAGCCACAGAGAGUGAAAAUGAGACAGAAGAAAAAGGAAGCAAAGGAGGACGUAUGGAGGAGGAGGAAGAGGAAGUGUCGAGUCAGGAGACUCAGAACAAAGGAGCACUGACUGAUGAAGAGGAGCAAAGCAGUUUAAAAAGUGAGGAAGAGGAGGAUGACAGCGACACUUUGAAGUCAUCACAGGAAACAGAGGGGAGUGAGGAAGAGGAGGAUGCAAAAAACAAGAGAAAUGAUGAGAAUGAGGAGACAGAGGAAGAGACAGAGACUGAAGAGAAUCCUGAGGAAGAAAGUGAAGAAGAGGAAGGAGAAGAAGAGGAAGAAAGUGAGGAAAAUGAGGAGGAAGAACAGGAAGAAAGUGAGGAAAAUGAGGAGGAAGAACAGGAAGAAAGUGAUGAAAAUGAGGAAGAAAGUGAGGAGGAGGAGAAAAGUGAUGGUGAUGAAGACGAGAAUGAAAGUGAAGAGGAGGAAGAAGAGGAUGUCGUGAAGAAGAGGAAAGCUUCAAUGAGGAAGCAGCAAAGCAGCAAAUCUGCAGCUGGAGGAAGACGAGGAAGAGGAGUUCUGGGAUGAAGUUUUGCUUGCAAUAACAUCAAUCAGAACCUGGAACCCUUGCUCCACCUCUGGAGCGCCGUUUCCUCUCAGGUUCAACCCUGAGUAGGGUAUAACAGAGAACUGAUAGAGUAGGGGAGUAGAAACAGGCUUUAUUUUCCCUUUUAGGGUAAAUUCAGGUAGAAACAGCCAUAAUCUGCUCCCAUUAAAACCAGCAGGAUUUUUGUUUUUUAUUAUCUAUCUGCUUGUGUUUGAAUUUUAGCUCUGGUUGAAUGGAAAGUUCUGUUUGCUAAAAACUUUUGGAAGAUUCUUAAAAACAUCUUUGGUUUUCGUACGUAGGUCCAUAAUGUUUGCUCUUAAAUUCAGUUCAUGGUUUACAUCCAUUACGUACGUAUUUCUAGAACUUUAUAGUUACUUCCUAGAAGUUACGCAUUACACACGUUACUUGGCCAAACUUUAAGAAUAUUUUGUAAAACCUAUUUUAUAAAAUGUUCAGGAUAUUUUCUAAAACUUUCCGGGUGUGAGUCACCUGUUUUGGUAACUUGUAAAUUCUGAGAAAGUUCAAGGCAGCUUUAUUUCAAGUUUUCAUCUCGAUGGUUUACCAGUUAAAGAAAACUGGAUUAUUUUUCAUAAACAUGUCUGUGAUUUCUGUGUUUUCGACCUUUAAGGUCACAUUUCACAACUCGAUGUUUAAGUUGGGAUAUAAGUUUUGUUUUGCUUUUCUUUUUAUGUGGUUUGUUUGUGACCUUAUUUGACUUUCAUAUGCUCUUGUCUUUUAUUGCGUUUUCUGCUUUUUAAUAACUUGCUUUGCCUUUACUCGCUGUGCCUUUUGCUUCCAUGCUCAUGUUUCUCUCAUAAUGUCGUUCUGUUCAGUUCAGCAUUUAAGGCAUGCUGCUUUGCUCUUUUGCUUUUUUUUUUUUAUCUUUCAUUAUUCCUGUUUUGCUUUUCACUUUUCUUGUAUCUGGACUCAUGAUGUCCGACUUCUUGUUCUUGUUUGGAAUAAAUUGCUGCGUUUUCAUGUUUUUAACAUGUUUUAAUGAUUAAUAAAUCAAAGCUGUAAGCAGGA